CUUCCAAUUCCAUCUGCAGCUCCAUCCAGCAUUGCGCGGCCGAUCUAACAGGAACAUCUGGCCCCUGAAUCCAACAGACAUGGCAUCCGUCAUCCCGCCUCGCCCACCGCUGCGCGGCUCGGUUGUCGACUCGUUUGCGUAUGUCACCAUCAAAGACCGCCUCCCCAUCAUCCUGACCAAGGCGAUCGAUGCUCUCCAUCGAUACACUCACUCGCUGGAUGCAGACCAUCCCAGAGCCGCGGGCGCCGCCGACGUCGUCCAAAGGAUCGCCGGCCUCAAGUACAAUCUCCAGCGCAACAAGACGCUGCCCGACAUCCAAGACCAGGGCGACGAUGCAGCCGCAUGGAACGAGGCUCUUGGGCUGCUACAAGCAUCGGGCCUGCCGCCCACUUGGUUUGACGGUCCCUGGCUCUUCGUGGAAUGCUAUAUGUACCGAGCCGUCCGCGAGGCUCUGCUGCUGACACCCGAGUGGUCCAGCUAUGAUCCCUUCCAGUCGCAGAAGGAGUCGUCCUUUUACGGAUCCCAGCAGUCGGUUCUGUCGCUCUCCAGCUUCGUUGCCCAAGUCUCCGAGAACGAGACCAAAGGAGCCCUUGCCAAACCCAGGCCCGAUCUCGAUCUCGAUCUCGAUAUCGAUCCCGAGGCCUAUCGCUUCGUGACCCGCCAGCUCGUGCAGUUCUCGCUCUGGGGCAACCAAUCGGAUCUGUCGCUGCUCGUCCAUGUCCAUCACGCCGAUCUGCACCAGAUGCAAAAGUCUGGCUCCGAGUCGCUCAGCGAGAACGAGAAGCACAUCGUCGUCAACAACGAGCAGAUCCUCCUCGAUCGGCUCGAGUCUCUGCGCUUCAAGGAGUCGCAGAUCGACAUCAUAUUGGACAAUGCGGGAUUCGAGCUCUUCACCGAUCUGAUGCUGGCCGACUGGCUGGUCCGCACCAAAACCGCCUCCAGGAUCGUCUUCCACGCCAAGGCCUUCCCAUGGUUCGUCAGCGACGUCACCCCAACCGACUUUGAAUGGACGCUGCAGGCGUGCGCCAAGCUCGCCGCCGAGUCCGGCGAGGCUGCUUUGGCACUCGGCAGCAAAGUGCAGGACUGGCAGCAGUGGCUCCGGUCGGGCAUUUGGUCGGUCCAGGUUCAUCCCUUCUGGACGUUGCCGUACGCGUUCCAUGAGCUGCCGAGAUGUGCACCGGAACUCGAGGAGCAGCUUUCGCGCUCGGAUUUGCUGAUCUUCAAGGGCGACCUCAACUACAGAAAGAUGGUGUACGACUGCGAGUGGCCGGUGACCACGCCGUUUGGAACUGCUAUCGGCCCGCUUGCAACCGCUCGCCUGCCUCCCUUCGUCAUGCUCCGGACCAACAAGGCCAAUGUCUGCGUCGGUCUGGACGAAGGCCAGGAAGGCCGGCUUGUCCGCGAGGACCCCGACUGGAUGGUCAGCGGCAAAUACGGUGUCAUUCAAUACUUUGCCAAGUAGAAACCCUGGCUUCACUAUGAGUUUCGGGCGGAUGGUGGCUCACAGCAGGAUGGCGAACAGUGCCGCCGUUCAUCGCUCGAUAAAUCAAUGCUCGACAAUCAAUGGGCUCGACAAAUCAAUGGGGACUGUCCGUCGGCAGAGGUUUAUUGGAC